CCCGAUUUUCUUGACUCGUUUGCAAUCAAAACCGAAUCAUAUACCGAAACAAUACCCAAAUAUUAUUCAGUUGACUCUCUCUCUCUCUCUCUCUCUAAAUAUUCACAAACCCUAAUCACUCCAAUUCGAUUCAAUACUGAGGGGUAAUUGGGGAAUGAUUAUGUGAAAAAAUGUCGAGUAAUGUUAACGAAUCGAUGAGGUUUCCAGAAAGUUCUUCAUCAAGGGACAAUGAUGUUGGGGAUUUUGAAUGCAAUAUCUGCUUUGAAUUAGCAGAAGAUCCAAUUGUGACACUCUGUGGUCAUUUGUUUUGCUGGCCAUGUCUUUACAAAUGGCUCCAUAUACAUUCGCAAUCGCACGAAUGUCCGGUUUGUAAAGCGCUAAUACAAGAGGAGAAGCUGAUUCCUCUGUAUGGCAGAGGGAAGACACAACAAACUGACCCGAGAUCCAAACGCAUACCCGGCGUUGAUAUCCCGCACAGGCCAGCUGGACAGAGACCUGCGACCGCUCCUCCUCCGGAUAUUAACAACUUUUCGAAUUCUAUGUUUGGAGGGUUUGCGCCUAUGGCGUCUGCUAGAUUUGGGAAUUUUGCGUUUUCUACUGGUAUCGGUGGGUUGUUCCCGUCUUUAGCUGAAAUGAAUGUUCAUGGGUUCCAAAACCCGUUGCAGUAUGGCAUGCGACAUGUUUAUGGGCCGAGGUUUCCGGGUGGGUUUCAUGGGGGUCAUCAUGUUCAUGAGUAUUUCCAUUCGAGGCGAGGCCAUCAAGAGAAUAACCUUCUGAACACGUUUCUUAUAAUGUUUGGGAUCUUUUUCGUGCUUGUGAUGAUCAUGUAAAUCACUGAUCAGAAUGUUGGGAGUUUGAGUAUUUUAGUUGUUGGUUAUUGUUGGCAUCAUGUUGAUGAUAGUGUGUUCAUAUAAUACUUUGUAAUAGCACUUAUAAUGGUUCCACAUUUGUUGAAGAUGUGGAAUGGGCUUAUCCCCUUUUAGUUAAUGAAUUGUGGAGUUGAACUUAAAGCAGAUUUGAGGUCCA